CACGUGGAUAAGUGAACCGUCACUGCCUUAUCGUCGUCUCUAAAGAAAAAAAAGAGUAGCUUUGAAAGAGGAAAAUGGUGAUUUUAUCGGCGAGCUCCACCGUGAGAGCUGCCUUGGACACACAACCUCGGCUUCCGUACAACCCAAAUGCGCCUCGGAAAUUAAAGAAAGCCCCUAAAAGCAAUUCUUUCUUACCGCCGCCUUCACCUCCUCCACCGUCUCCGCGAAUCAGCAUCUCCGUCGACGAUUUGCUCAAGCGUCCCCCGAGUAAAGUAGACUUGACUGAUGACGUUGAUGAUACGUAUAUGGGAUAUGAGACAUGGUCUCCAACUCCACCAAAGCUUGAGAAGCCAAGAUCAGUCUUCAACGCUGCUUCCUUAGCUUUUAUAGGAGAUUCCAUUUAUGAGCUGUAUGCUCGAAGGCAUUUCCUUUACCCUCCACUUAGUAUCGAGGAUUAUAACGAUCGUGUUAGAGCAGUGGUGCGCUGUGAAGCACAGUAUGCUUUGCUGAAGAAACUUGUUGAUGACGAUUUCCUAACAAAGGAAGAGAGGGAUGUACUCAGGUGGGGAAAGAAUCUAGGCUCGGUUAGAACACGUUCAAGAAGGCGUGCAGGUGUUGCGGUUUACAACAAAGCAUCGUCAUUGGAGUCACUGAUUGGUUACCUGUAUCUGACAAACGGGAAAAGAUUAGAAAAAAUAAUGCAGAAGCUAGGAUUCUCAAGCGAUUCUUCAACAGAGAUCGUGAUUGAAAAAGCCAAGCCUAAAGUACCAUCAGAAUCCAACCUGCCAUCAUUUGUACUCAAUGAGCAAAUGCCACACUAGUUGUUUACUCUCUCAGGUUAUGGAAGAUCAAUGUUUCCUUAGUAGGCCGGUUUAGCAUUACCGUGAGAAGACAUUGUACAUACAUAUAUAUAUAUAUAUAUUAUCAUUAUAUGUAUAUGAAUGUGUAACUCCAACUGGUUAUCAAAUAAAAAUGCUCAUUUUGGUCUUAUGUCCCAAUGACG